CUAUAAAUUUUCGUCAUUAAAGUGUAACUUUUGAUGAUGUUUAACAUUUGAUGAUUCUCUGUAAUGAUACUUUUAAGUCUUAUUCCAAUGUUUAUUGAGUAAAAUUUGAAAUAGCGUAAUAUACAUAUUUCGGUCAAAAUUAUUUUCGGAUACUUGGAGACGGAUUAAGAUUAGAUGUUAGAUCUUUAUUUUAUUUUCAAACUUACUUCUAUAGCUAUUUAUGAUUGCAUUAUAUUUGAUUUUAUUCUCUCACUCAACUUUAUAUAUCAAUUUGGUAUUAUUGAAUGCAGUGUCUAGCCUAGACCAAAUAAUAGUGAUGUUUUUCUAAUUGCCUAACCUUAUAUCAAUAAUUUUUUGAUCAAUAGAAAGGUUAUAAAACAAGCAAUUUAUUAAUUACUUUUAAUUGUUAUUUUCGAAAUAAAAUGGAUUGAAUAUGAAUUCUUAACUUACAGUGUUUUUUUUAGUUUUGAACACCACUACACCACUAUUAAAACUAUAUGGCAUUUAAAAUGGUAAUUCAUUUUAAAAAGAUAUUUCAGUAUGAAAAAUGUAAGUAUUUCAAAACUUUUUGAAUUUUGGAAAUCCAUAAAUUAGCGAAAAAAUUAUUAGAAAUUAAAAAUUCUGCUGAUCCAAUUGUUUUUUUGCCCACCACCAGAUAAACAGUUGUAAAUGCGUGAUGUCACGGCGAUCUCUCCUAUAGGACAUUACGGGACAGAGUGAUAACCUUUGAAUGUCGCGGUCCCGUCACAUUAUUAUUAUUUACCAGAUUUUAUAGCGCUCUUUUCAUCUAUAAUAUAAACGUUCAGAAGCGCUGAACAUCCACAUCCAAACUUAAUCUGCAUAAUUAUGUCUGUUUAAAAAUCUCCAAUGAAAUCCAUUUGGAAAUGUUUCAAGAAUGGUAAAAAUAUUAACUAGGAAAGGCUGUAUCUUAAAUCUACCAAACUUAAAUGCCUUUGGUUACUAAUGACACAAAUUUAUAGAUCCUAUGCAAAUUUGAGUGCAGAUAACUUGAUAAAAAUUGACAUGUAUUCAUUAUGUUGACACAUUAUUUUUAUUUCUUUCAUAUUUGUUGCCCACCAUCUUUGUGCUCCUUUGUUUGUUCAGGUUGGACAGCUGUUGCUACCUGGCGAUGGGUUGCUAACGACGACAAUUGUGGAAUCUGUCGUAUGGCAUUUGAUGGUUGCUGUCCUGAUUGUAAACUACCUGGCGAUGAUUGCCCAUUAGUUUGGGGUGAAUGCUCGCACUGCUUCCAUAUACACUGUAUUGUCAAGUGGCUCAACUCACAACAAGUUCAUCAGCUCUGUCCCAUGUGUAGGCAAGACUGGAAAUUCAAGGAGUAAUCUGCCUUGAUGUACACAAAAC